GGUUUGAUCAUCUGCCCUCGAUGUUUCCGAGACACGGUGAAUUGCAGAAACAAAAAUCUGGUGUUCGUAGCAGUUUCUUGUGUAUUUUUGUGAUCAUAUGGUUGCAGUUUCUCGAAUUAGUACAACCUUACACUGGAAACUGCGUUUGCUUUAGUCAAUCAGUCAAUCAAAAAGAAAGCAUUUAUUGGAUUUCUGUCCUGUUUCAUCAGAGCAAGGAGAUCAUUGAGUCUUCGUAUUGUUUGGGUUUUUUAUUUGAAACAAAUAGAAUUUGUCUGAUUUUGGUGUUGGGUAUUAUUUUACACUCAUGGCAGUGGAUUUAGUCGGAGGGGGUACUUUUAGAGCAGCAUUUCAAAUGCUAUUUGAUGCUGUUAUAGCAGUGAAGAAGGAGACUACCAUGUUUAAAUCUCUGCUUGGAGAUAUCAAAUCCACACUGGAGUCUUUACAGCCAGUGAUCAAAGAGAGAGAAAAAUAUAAGUCAAAGGAGGGGCUAGGAAAUUUUACAACGCAAAUGGAGGAGGGGGUAAAGCUUGUUUACAAAUGCAGCAAGGUUGGUGUGUGGAGCUGCAGAAAAUACAGAUACACCAGAAAGCUUGAUGAAUUGGAUAAAUGUCUUCAAAGACUAGUGGAGGUGUUGAAAGUGCAGUGCAUAAGGGAUGCCAAGGAGACCUUGGUUUCUUUGAGGAAUAUAGAGACGGUGCUGCAUCGAAUUGAAGGGAACUUGGUGAUGCAAAACCAACCUGAAAAAAUCAAUGGUUGGUCUUCAGUGCCUGAACCUCCACCGGUUACAGUUGGGUUGGAUGUGCCAUUGAAAGAAUUGAAGAUAAAGCUUCUUAAGGAUGAUGUGUCAAUGCUUGUGCUGACUGCUGCUGGUGGAUGUGGGAAAACCACAUUGGCAAAAAAGUUUUGUCAAGAUCAGGAAGUUAGAGAUAAAUUCAAGAACAAUAUCUUCUUCGUCACUCUUUCAAAAAAGCCCAACUUGGACCUUAUUGUACACGAGCUAUAUCAACGCAAGGGUUCCCAGGUGCCUGCUUUCGAAAAUGAAGUAAUUGCAGUUUACUGGUUGCAACAAUUUCUGAAGGAAACAUCACAAAAUCCUGUACUUUUUGUCCUGGAUGAUGUUUGGUCAGGAUCAGAGUCCCUACUUGAGAAGUUUGAUGAAUUCAAAAUGACAAAUUACAAAGUUUUGGUCACAUCAAGAUUUGCAUUUCCAAGAUUUGGUUCUCCAUAUCAUUUGGAAUCCUUGAAUGAUGAAGAUGCAAUGGCUCUUUUUCAUCAUUCAGCAUCUUUGGAGGAUAAGAGCUCUUAUGCUCGGGAAGAUCUUUCGAGAAAGAUAGUAGAGCUAUGUAAGGGAUUUCCACUUGCGAUUACAGCAGUUGGAAGAUCACUUCGCGGCCAACCUAUAGAGAUCUGGCGAAAAAGAGUAAUGGAAUGGUCUAAAGGUUCUUCUAUACUUGCAUCUAACAAUGAUUUGCUUGCUUGCCUCAAAAGCAGCAUAGAUGCCUUGGAUAAAGAAAAGCCUACACUCAAGGAAUGUUUCCUUGACCUUUGCUCAUUUCCUAAAGAUCAAAGAAUCUCUGCUGCCACCCUUAUAGAUAUGUGGGCAGAGUUAUAUGGCCUAGACGAACCUAGUCUGUCCAUUGCAAACCUCUACGAACUAACCACCCAGAGUUUAGCUAAUCUUAUAGCCGCAAGGAAUGAGCGGGAGGCUGAUGGCUAUUACACUGAACACUUCGUUACUCAGCAUGAUAUGCUUAGAGAGUUGGCUAUCCAUCAGGCAAGCCAGGACCCAAUAGGAAAGAGAAAAAGACUGAUUAUAGACAUACGUGGAGAUAAUCUUCCUAACUGGCUGACAGAGGCAAAGCAUCAGCUCAUGCAGGCUCGACUAUUAUCUAUCUCAACUGAUGGAGCCUUCUCAAAUAAAUGGCCAAACAUGCAACUACCAAAAGCAGAGGUUCUAGUUCUAAAUUUUGAAACAAAGAGCUACAACUUACCCGAAUUUGUGAAGAAAAUGGAUAAAUUAAAGGUUCUAAUAGUCACAAAUUUCAGUUUCUUACCUGCUGAAUUAAAUAAUUUUCAACUACUUGGUUCGUCAUCAAAUCUGAAGAGAAUUAGAUUGGAACACAUUUCAAUUCCUUCAAUAAGCAAGAACCUCAAACAGUUGCAAAGUGUACAGAAGAUAUCUUUGUUCAUGUGUAGCAUCGGUCAAGCUUUUAGUAAAGGUUCCAUCAACAUUUUAGAUGCAUUGCCAAAUCUAGGCGAAAUGCACAUAGAUUAUUGCCAUGAUCUGGUGGAGUUGCCUGUUGAGGUUUGUGAUCUCAUUCGCCUUAAGAAGCUUAGCAUCACCAACUGUCAUAACCUAUCCGCCUUGCCUGAAAAGAUCGGAAAGUUACUCAGUUUGGAAGUGUUGAGGCUUAGGUCUUGUACAGACUUGUUAGAGUUGCCAAGCUCGAUUAGGAACCUCAAAAAGUUAAACUUUCUUGACAUAUCCUAUUGCUUUAGCAUUAAGCAGUUGCCUGAACACAUUGGUGAGAUUUGCAGUUUAAAAAAGCUCAACAUGAGACAAUGCUCAAGAUUGCAAGAUCUGCCUGCAUCAGUUUUGGACCUUGAACAGUUGAAGAAUGUGAUAUGUGACGAAGAGACUGAAAUUUUAUGGGAACCCUUCUUACCCCUUCUCAAAAACAUACACAUAAAGGUGCUCAAAGAAGAUAUCAACCUAAAUUGGCUCCACAAGCAUCCAUCUUGAGAUUUUUCUUGAUGUUUCCAUGUUUUUCUAGCACAAAUGUGCAUUAUAGUUUCAACUUGCUAUGUUGUUGGAAGUGCCAGCACUAAAGAGAAGGUUGAUCUCUUAAAGCACAAGAUGGGGUUCUUUAUGAGACACUUGGGUGCCACCUGCAUCAUCAUUGAGACAAACUCGAAGGAGCUGGUUCAAAAUGUCAACGGCGGAAUUAGUAGGAGUGUUGGUCUAUUUGUCCCAUCCUUUCUGCUAUUAGAAAUCGUUAUAACCAGUUCAACUUUUGUAAUUGGUUGUGGAUCCCUCAUCGGUUAAAUGGUGUAGACGAUUCAAUUGCGGCGAAUGCAAGGAGGAGGAUGCACGAGGAAGUCUGGAUUCACAGACCCCCAUCAUCCCUGGUUUUUUAUCUGCAGGCAGAUGGAUUACCUUGUCCUCCAAGAUCGUAAGUUGUUGUUGGUUAGAGGCUGACAUGCAUCCCUUGGUGGCGUCCUAGUGGCUGGCCGUCUAACUGAGCUUCUUUGCUUGUUUUUUCUCUAGUCUGUUUGUUUUCCUUUUCCUGGCUGUUUGAUUGAAGGAGAUGUUCCCGCCUUCCCUUUGGCUUCGUGUCUGUAUUGUUUUGUUUGCCUAUGUUUUAAUGAUAACCUCUUUGCUAAAAAAAAAAGGCUUCGAUCUUGAUAUUUGUCUUUCCUCAACAAAUGGUUGAGCUACCUCUUGUAAUUUGUGUUUCAUUUUUUUAUCUUUUAA